GCGGCUCUCCGCGGAGCGGCGCGGAGGCCUGGCGGCGGCGGGGAAAGCGCCCGCUCGCCCGCCGCGCCGCGCCGGCCGCCACCGAUGCGCUGCCCCGCCGCCGCGCCAUGACCCUUAGCUCGGAGAUGUCCGAGGCGUCGACGCUGGCUGAGGAGACAGACAUCGAUGUGGUGGGCGAGGAAGACGACGAGGAGGACGAGGAGGAGCCACGGACUCGCCGCCGCCGCCGCUCCUACGCCGAGGAUGAGGAGGAGGACGAGGACGACGACGAGGAAGAGGACGAGGAGGACGUGGGCGACCUCCACGCCGCCGCUCUGCUGCCGCGGUCGCCCGUGCGCGGCGGAGGCGUAGGUGGCGGCGGCGGCGGGGCGGGCGGCGGAGACGCUGCCGGUGGCUCUCGGCCCCCCUCGCGGGGUGGCCCGCAGAAGGCGACGGCGGGCGGCGGCGGGGCGGGCGGCGGCGGCGGCGGCGGGGCGGGCAGCGGUGGCGGCAAGAACAGCCUGGUGAAGCCGCCCUACUCCUACAUCGCUCUCAUCACCAUGGCCAUUCUGCAGAGCCCCAAGAAGAGGCUGACGCUGAGUGAGAUCUGCGAGUUCAUCAGCGGGCGCUUUCCCUACUACCGGGAGAAGUUCCCUGCGUGGCAGAACAGUAUCCGCCACAACCUCUCCCUCAAUGACUGCUUCGUCAAGAUCCCCCGGGAGCCCGGCAAUCCUGGCAAGGGCAACUACUGGACGCUUGACCCCGAAUCCGCCGACAUGUUCGACAACGGGAGCUUCCUGCGCCGCCGAAAGCGCUUCAAGCGGCAGCAGCUCCCGGCGCCCGAGCUUCUGCUGCGUGCCGUGGACCCCGCCGCCUUCCUCCCGCAGCCUCCGCCUCAGCCCCCGCAGCAGCCGCCCUGCGCCUACGGACCCUACGGCUGCGGCUACGGUCUCCAGCUCCAGCCUUACCACCCCCACUCCGCCCUCUUCGCCUUCCACCACCCCUCUCCGCCGCCCCGCCAGCCCCCUGCCGCCCCCGGCAGCGCCUCCGGUGCAGCGCUGCCCCCCGCCGCCGCCGCGCCGCCGGGCCCCUUGCUGCCGGCGGCGGAGCUGGCACGGACGCCCUUCGGCUACGCGCACCCGCUGGGCCCGGCGCUGGCGGCCUCGCUGCACUCCGCCAAGCCCGGCAGCGGCGCGGCGCUGGCCCGCUCCCCCUUCUCCAUCGAGAGCAUCAUCGGGGGAAGCCCCGGCCCCGGCGCGGGCAGCAGCUGCGCCUCGCAGUCGACCGCGGCGCCGGGGCUGGCUCGCUCGCUGGGGAGCGCCGGGAGCGGCCUGCCCCCCGCCGCCGCCCUGCCCGCCACCCCCGGCUUCGCGGCACGGAUCUCUAACUGUUAAGUGUUUGGGAGUAUUUCCGAAGGUAGGAUCUGGGGUAUCUCCUUUCUCCUCCGCUCGGACGCCCGGCGGACGCUGCCCGCAGGGGCUGCCUGUCUUUGCGUGGGGAUAAUUGUGAUGGGGCUCGGGGGCCGUCCGCUGCGAGCGACGGACCUCCUGUGACCUUCACUAGUGCAAAGCCAGGUAUAGAUCUAGAUACUGCAUGGGCAGGCGGUCACUACAUCGGAAAGUUACUCGCUACUCCUUAAAAAGAAAUAAACAUGGUGAUAAAUAAUGUCUCUAAACCGCUAAAGUUCAGAGAUUCUCAGGUCUAGGAGCUUGAAAACAGUUAUGUACAGGAGAAAAAAGGCUUGAGGGAGGACAGCAGAGCAAUACUUUUUCAUUUAGUACACUUGUCUCAUGUACUUUUAUAAAAGAAAAGAUUAACGUGUUUACACAGAAGAAAGUCAAGUUUAUCAUUUCUUAUUUUAACCUGUGUUUUGUAUUAUAAUAGACUUACGGAGUUUUUUAUUUUGUACUUUAUGCGUAUUCUUUACAAGGAAUAUUGUUAAAAUUACUGGCAAGUAUUAUUGUACCAUUUUAAUGUAAAAUUUUUACACAUUUUCAAAAAUAAAAUUUUUAAUUUUCAAAAAAAAAAA